AUGCUUCGUGAUUUUGAAGCUGUGGCAUCAACAGAGAGCAACAUGGAGGAGAAAAGAACUGAGAAAUCCGUGCGUCAGUCUGAGAGUUUGUGUGAAGGUGAACAGAAGUACGUUCUCAAGAGGAAAGAAGGCGUCCUGCAGUCUCUCAAAAUUCUGAGAAUCAACUGUUCUGAAGACUCGGUCCCUCACAUCGCUAUGCUGGGUUCAGGUGGAGGUCAGAGAGCCGCCGUGGCUCUGGUGGGAACUCUCUAUCAGAUGGGGAAAGACGGUCUGCUGGACUCUGUGCUCUACCUGGCAGGAGUCUCUGGGUCGACAUGGUCCAUGGCCUCUCUGUACAGUAACCCACGGUGGAGCAAGGAGAUGGACAAAGCCAUGUCCAGCCUGAUUGGUCCAGGGGUGAAGGCUUGCGAGGCUCUGUCAUGGCUGGACGAGCGAGCGAAGGAGGAGGACUUCUCUCUCACUGAUAUCUGGGGGAUGCUGGCCUCAGCUAAAAUCAUGAAAAAGAUGGACCUGCGGCUUCUUUCUGCGGAGGCCAGCCGAGACGCCACCAACCCCUACCCCAUCUACUGCGCCAUAGAGAAGCACUGCUUGUCAGAGGGGCCUGUGAAAGGGACGUGGUUUGAGAUAAGUCCUCAUGAGGCCGGGUUCACAGACCUCGGCCUCUUCAUCGAAACAUCUCUUCUGGGCAGCAAGUUCGAGAACGGAAAGGUGCAGGAGGAGAUAGCUGAGAUGGACAUGGUCAAACUAAAAGGCAUUUUUGGCAGUGCGUUGGCUCAUGAAGGCAGGAUCAUAGACUACAUCCUUCACUGGCUGCAUGGGCCGGAGGACCCUGCAGCUACACAGUACAAGCGUCUUUACCAAGGCUUCCGUAAAGUCAUAGCUGUGACCAGAAACACCGUGAAGGAUCCCGCUGCACAGUCUGACCUCGACAAGCUGCACAAACUACUGGAAAACGCUUAUGAGGCGCUUCUUGUUGAGUCCGAGUCCAAGAGUUUGCAGGAAAUGGAAAGUGUUUUCCAGCAGGGGAGUGAGCAGCUGCUGGCUGUGGUGGAGUGCUGGAGCCAGAGUCUGGUGGACGGAGGUUUCAUAACUCACGCUAAAUUUAUAAUAACGCGUGUCCUACCUCUAAUCUUGAAGUGGGAGUGGGGAACAACCAACAACUUCCUCUACCAAUUCCAAAACUCCAGCGUCCCACCUUGCCUCCACACUAAAGAGAAUCUCCAUCUGGUGGACGCCGGGUUAUUGGUGAAUGUCCCCUACCAGUCAUUUCUGGGAGACAAGAGAGACAUCGACCUCAUCAUCGCUCCAGAGUACAGCGCAGGGAACAUGUUCGAGACUCUGACUGUGGCCAGAGAUUAUGCAGCCAAGCUGAAGAAGCCUUUCCCGAAGAUAGACGAGAAAAUCCUGGAGGAGCGAGACUGGCCGAAGGACUGCUACGUGUUUGAGGGGAAGGAGAAGGAGCCCACCAUCGUGUUCCUGCCGCUCUUCAACAGAAACAACUGCAAAGAUGCAGAGGAGGUGAAAGCAAAGAUGUCAGAGUACUGCACCUUCCAGGGUCCAUACAGUCAGGACAAGAUCAAGUUGUUGUUCGAGACGGCGAAAGAGAACAUGAAGAGAAACAAAGAAACUCUGCUGAGAGAGAUCAAGAAUGCGGCUGAACGCAGACGCUGCAAGUAG